AUGCAAAUAUUUUAUAUUUUGUCUGGGCUUCUUUACCUUAUCAAAUGCCAGCUUCUGAUUGAUAUCUUAUUCAACUCUUCAACUGAUGGCAAUUUGGUAUCAACCUUAAUAGCUGAAUUGAAUAAAAAUUUCUCAGACCAAGAAGUUACACUAACUUACUUGCUUAUUACGAGUAAAACCCAAAAAAUUAUUUUUGGCGAAUAUUUAGUUCAUAGCUUUAUACUCUUCUACCAAAAAUAA